AUGUUACGCCGACGAGAUCGCCGACUUCUGCAGGAUUCAAAAGUCAUCUCUACAGACCAUGUCAUUGCCCAGCACCAUCUGCUCGUUAUGGACUUGAAAAUCUCCCGUCCAAGGAAGAGACAUCCAAGAACUGAAACACAGCGCAUCAAAUGGUGGAAUCUGAAGGAUCGAAAGGAGAUAUUUUUUGCGUCCGUGGCUCCAUCUGCACUUCCCCACCCUACUCGUAGUGUGGAGGAAAUGUGGUCGUCUACUUCCAGCGUUAUACGCUUGACCGCGGAGAACACUCUGGGAAAGACGACUCUAGGACACGUCAGCCUGAAGAUCUUACCUUUCUUAUCUUACUCUUCUCUCGAUCUUAUCUUACCUGCUUACCUAGCUACGAAGAGGGAGGUUAAGAGGGCAGUCUGCAAGGCGAAGUCGGACGGCUACAAGACUGUGUACGACAUGCUUGAUACCAGAGAAGGCGAGCGGGCAGUGGAGCUGAGUGGAGCCGUUCUGCGCCGCCCUGGUCAGAUCCUGGAGAGGUGGCGAGAGUACUACAACCACUUGUAUAACGAAGAGUUCUGUCAUCCUCCCAUCCCAACUGUCCCCAGCGUCGAGGGAGGACGGACUCCAGACGUUUGGCAAACUUCCGUGACCGUGCCUGUCUGGAAAGGGAAAGGAAACAUUGCUGUCUGCACCUCGUACAGGCCUAUACGACUGUUGUGCCAUACGAUGAAGGUUUUUGAGUGUGUCCUGGAGGCUCGUCUGAGGAAAAUUGUCAGCGUUUCACUCAACCAGUGCGGUUUUGUGAAGGACUGCAGCACUGUAGAUGCUAUCCAUGCUGUCCGUAUCCUUCUGGAGAAACAUCGAGAGAAGAACCACAGUGUGCAUCUUGCUUUUCUCGAUCUCGAGAAAGGUUUCGACCGUGUCCCACAUGGGCUGUAA